CUCAUCAUACAAUGACGUUAGAUUGCAGAAAGAUGGAGAUAAAACAAAAUAGACAACAUUGACUGAUAAAAGCUGAUAACUAUGACAGAUAACGACGAGUUUGGUCCAUUGGAGUCGGCAGAUCUCUCGCCAACAGAUGAGCUGGCCACCUUGAAGCAGCGUCUGGCAGACCUGGAGGAGAGGGAACAGACACUGGCCCGUGAGAAGCUUGAGGCAGAGAGUGAGUUUGGAAUAAAGAGAGCAAAGUUCAAAGAGCUUUUCUUACAAAAAGAAGAUGAGCUGAAGAAGGAGAAGGAGACAAGGGCGGAGUGGCAGGACAAGAUCAGUCAGUUGGAGGAGGAGUUAGGGCGAGUCAGGGAAGAGCUAGAGGGGGUCAAGACAGCAGCCGCGGUCACCGAGACGUCCCGCUGCGAGGAGAUCAAUGAGAUACGGCGCCAGUACCAGCAGGAAGUCGACAGUCUCCAGCAUAUUAUGAAGAAGCGAGCAGAUGAGGCUUCCCACUCGACUGCAGCUCAGUACGAAUGUGAGAGAACAAAACUGUCCAAUCUCACUGUCAAAUACGAGGAAGAAAUCCAAUCAUUGCGAAGCAAACUCAGUCAAGAAAGGGAAGGUUUUCUGGCCAAUGUUGCCAAGUCCUUGAAGCGAGUUGGAGGGAUUGGUCCCAACCUGACUCCUGAACAGGAGAACUUGGAGGACAGCAUGAGGAAGGCUCAGGAGGAUGCGGAGAUGCUCAAGUCAGUGGUGAUGCCCCUGGAGGAGGAGAUUUCUAUGCUCAAGGAAAAACUGAAGUUGGCAGAACAGAAGUUAUCCAUGAAUGAGUGCCUGUUAGGCGAUGAGGCGAAGAAAUCUCCUUCCCUUCCGGAUCUGGAUGAUGUAAAGGACCCUGAUGAAAAGAUUUUAAAGCUGAUGAAAUACUUGAAAGGUGAGAAGGCUGCAAGGACGGACCUGGAAAUGUAUGUAGCGGUCCUCACCACGCAGAAGAACGUCCUCUGUGAGGACAUGGACCGGGUCCAGAAGGAAAUGAAUGAAGUAUGUUCUCUGUUGGAGGAUGAGAAACAAAACCAUGAGGCACUGAAACAGACAUGGCAGAUGGCCAAUGACCAGUUCUUGAGUCGCAGCUUACUCAUGAUGAUGGACAUGACGGCGAUGGAGACUGUCCUCACCUCCGAAAGCAGCAGAGGCAGAUAGCAGGUGCUUCUCCAGCAGAAAGAUUUGGAGCGGGAAGCACAAGAGAAGAAAGUGAAAGAUUUGGAGGAAGCCAGGGAGAAGCAGGAAAAGGAGCAGGCUGAGAGAAGGAAACACAGUGUGUCAAGGAUGGAACAAGCUGCUGCCACUGCUGCUUCAAACAAUGAUGAAACCAAAGAGAAACUAAAGAAACGUCCUAAUGUGUUAGACAAAUCUCAAAGCCGGUCCAAUGCAUCUUUAAUUUCCAACACAUCAGAAGAACUCAUUCCAUUUGAUGUGUCGGCAGACGAUGAAAUCCGCAAAUCACUGUCUAGUCCAGACAUCAACUUUGAUGACAAGUUCCUUGACAGCGGUGUCCAUGACAGCCUCAGCGAGGUGGACGGCAUGACAGUCAGAAUUAGUCCUGAUAAAGUCUUGAAUCUCCCUCCACUUACAGAAGCUCAGAUGAAAUCAAUUACUGAUCCCACCCCUGACUCUGAAGCAAGGCGGAUCCUGUUAGCCAGUGCCAAGAUGAAGACGGAAGGGUUAUCACUGGAAGGGAAGCGGCUUGUCAGUGAAAAGGAGUGGAAACUAAUACAAGAUGAGGUGAAGUCUGCCCGGGAGAAACUGGGUCGACCCUGUGAUAUGUGUACCAACUAUGAGACGCAGCUGCAGACAGUGCAGGAGGAGCUGAAGGCUUCCAAGACCGAGGCGGCCCGCCUGGAACGCCAGCUGAACAGUGAGAAGCAGGCACUCACUAACCUCACCAAGUACCAGACGGAGUUGGAGGAUGCCCUGAAGGAAUCAGCGGAGGAGGCGGAGAAACAGAUUUCCAGUUUAAACAACAAGCUACAGGACUGUGAGAAGUACCUGAAGGAAUGCAAGCAGCAGUUCAUCCAGUCACAGCUACAACUACAGGACCAGUUGAAAUCACUCACAGAGUCAAGGGAGGAAAUACAGAAAGAGAUAAAGCUUAUUCAAGAAGAAAAUGACAGCCUUGUUGGGAAACAUUCAAAGACGGCCCAGCAGCUGCAGAACGAGGACAUCAACCUGCCCAACAACAUGGAGGAGAUGCAGCUGUUGCUUCUGAAGUACCGAGAAGAGAUUAUCUCAGCCAAGGUGGCAAAGGAGCACAUUGAGGAGACACUGAGGAGUGAAAUCAUGUUCCUCAAGGACCAAGUGGUGUCAGAGCAGCAAGAGAAAAAUACCAUUGAGGAGACACUUAGUCAGGAACUCAGCACCCUGCAAGAGAAACUAGUUUGUCAUGAGAGUGUGCAGUCAGAACUAGAGAGAGAGUCGUCUGUACGGGCAGAGUCAGAGACCAAACUCCGUGAGGCAGAACAGUCACUGAAGAGUGUGCAGGCCAAGUCCAGACAACUCAUCAAUGCACUGCAGCAACGGGUGGAGGAGCAUGAGCGUUCUAAGGUGAAGCUGGAGGAGGAUCUGUACUGCCUGAAGGGGAAGGUGCAGUCUCUGCAGGUCGACCUGGACAACAGUGAAGCAGUGCAGAGAGACUUCGUCAAACUCUCACAGUCUCUGCAGAUUCAGCUGGAGAAGAUUCGGCAGGCGGAGAAUGAAGUGAGGUGGCAGCAUGAAGAAGAUGUGGAAGAUUGCAAUAACUGUAAACAGAAUUUCAGUGUCACUCGCAGGAAGCAUCACUGCCGCCACUGUGGAAAGAUAUUCUGUAAUGAGUGCACAUCCAAGACAGUGCACAGCGGGCCCAACUUUAAACCUUCCAAAGUUUGUGAUGUCUGUCAUACAAUACUUGUGAAAGAUGCCACACCCUACUUCAGCACAGAACCUCCAGCAACACCCGACUAGGGAGAUGUUUUAGACUGUCCUACUUGUGGGGAAAACCAUUGCUCUACCAGAGUCAAAACUCUACUGUUACAUUGUCUUGCAGGGUCACUGGUGGCCCAGUCAUCCAGGGCACCACAGUUGGCCAUGCAGAGUUGCCUCCCAUAGCUGUACCAGAAUCUGAUGAUAGUGGGUUUGAAUGCCAGAUUUCCACACAUUUGGAUUCUUGUCAGCACUAUGGUUAUGCUUUUGGUUUCUCAUCUUGGUGAAUUUCUAGGGUUUGAAUCACUAGACCUUCCUCCUACACGAGGUUGUUACUCUGUGAAAACAAAUUAAAUGCUGUUCAAAGCACUGUUGUGCCAAACUCACACACUCACUCCUCCAGGAUAGGAUGCACUGGAUAAAGUACAUACACCAUACUCCAAGAUUCUAGCAGACUUUAGUGUCAGGGGCAUUUGUCUUGGGGAGGUAGGGGGCAUUAACGGAAGCAGUCUCCACUCUGUAAUCGACAUGUGAAUAUUAUGAUGUUCUCACUGUUUGUGCAAGUGGUUAUCACACUGAUUUUUUAAUACAUUUGGGGGUAGUAUAAUAGACCCAUAAUAGACCAUCAUGUGGUAUGUCUGAAGAAUGGGGUCCUUAGUCAGCAAAUAAAGCCCUCAAAUAAAGAAACCUACAAGUUCAGUGUCGGUCAAAUGUGUGUUUAGCAAACCUGGCCCUAUUUAGACCUGGGUCUGCACCAAGCAUCAGACUAAUUGCCUCCUACUGACAGUGUGGGUUGUGUUUACAAACAGGCAGAAUAGGUAAAUUACGUGAAGUGUUAUCAAUGGUCAACUUUCUGACCUAGAUACUAGGAUCUUAAACGACAAAGAACUUUCUCAGAAUUUGCAUGUCAAGACAGUUAUGAUAAACAGUUAUGCCAACUCUAGCAAACGGGUCCCAGUAUCUCUUUUGUCAUGUGUUAGACAAAGUGGUGAUCAGGUUAUUUGUCAGGUGACAUCAAGCACUUACUUGACUGCUCAUGCUAUCAAUCACUGGUUUGUCUAGUCGUGCUUGAUGACAAAUGCCAUAGUGAUACAGCUGUAACACUGCCCACUUUACAUGAAUCAACACUGACACCUACAGUAAUGGCUCUCAGCUUGGGCCAGGCUCACACCACACUCUCUGUACUGGUCAACAUGUAACACUGACCCUGAUAAGACCUUGUACUCUCCACUACCUGUGAUCUGUUACCUGUGUAUAUUUGUGUAAAUAUCCCUGCUCCUGUACAUGCUCUGUCGAUGUUCAGCUGUUGUGAUUCAGAAGCACACUUGCCGUUUAGUCAAUGUAACCAUCACGUCCUUGUCAGUACAACAUUGUAUACAUUGUAUUCCUCCGUGACCCAUGAACAACAAACCACUGCCUUCUUCCUGCGAGAAGGAAGCCUACAAGUACCCCCGGUACUCUUCAGUAUCAAGCAAUGGCAGGAUUCAAACCAACUUCCAUGACUCAUUCGACUGGUACAUUACAUAAAGCCUCAGAUCAUUGUCUGACUUCAAGCUGACAUGCAUCACUUUGAUGUCAACAUUUAAUGUCUGUUUGAUUGUGAUGAAGGAAUACAGUGUAUAUCAAGCUGUAUUGACCAUGAAGAUAGGACAGACACUUCUUAGAUAUAUAGUACAUAAUGGCACCAAGCAUCUACACUACAAACAUGUCAGCUAUCAUUUGUAUUUCUAGUUAUAAAGGUUGUUUGAUCACAUUUUGAGAACAGUGACAGAUAUAUCUGAGUGAAGACAGUAGACCGUAGAGGAGACUUGUAACAUAAGAUUUCUAGAGUUGUAGAGGACAGUCAUUCAUUGUAGUUUAGGGGUUAUCAUUUCUUGAUUUAUGGAUUGGUUUCUGAUGUAAAAUAAGAAGUUGUUUCCAAGCGAGUUCCCUUACUAUCCCAACUUUACAAAAUGUUGUUAUCGGAAUACAUUUGGAAAAUGUCUAUUGUUGAUAGUUCCACUAUAUUCCAUGGUAGUCAGCAAAUCCAUGAAUCAAGCAAUUAUAAAACCCACCAUUCUAACAUUUGUUCAAAUUGAUUUUGUUUAUUUUGAUGGUUUGGUGCUUAAUAUAAGAUGUAAGUGUUGUGUACUAUCUUGUCAGUGGCUAAUAACAUUGUGCUCUGUAUACAUUUGGUGAUAUUCUGGAAUAUUGUAUCAGAGUUGAGUAGAUUAGACAGCACAUGCACAUCAACACAGUGGUAUCUUGGCCCAGAAGGGAUGCUACAGGACGUGUUUGAAGAUACGUGCUCCUGAGAACUGAAGGUUCAUGUGAGCUUCUGGCUGUAUGCUUGUCCUCUGUCCAUCAUCUGUCAUAAGUGCAAACUUUCUAACAUCUAUGAAGAAUCCUGAUUGGAUCCAGUAAUGAUUAGCAAACAUAUGAUCCAAGAAAUGGCAUGCUCUAUUCAUAAGCUUCAUGUGAAUCAUGGUCGAUAUGGCAGCCAUAUUGAAUAUGCUAUAUUCUGAUUUACUUUGAUCACUGAUGUUUUGAUUGAUUAUCCAUUCAUUGAAGUUUGAUUUUUAUUCCUUUUAAAUGUGUCCAUAAUAAUAGAGAGAAUUUCCACAAUUUGUUACGUAACUUGUCUUAGAUUUUAUUUUUAUAUAUUUUAGAGUGAUCAGGGGUUUGAUCAUGUCUUCAACUACAGAGGUGAGCUACGGACCCUAGUUACUGUUGUCAGUUCUGCGAUGUAUGUACAAGUUGCUGAGCUUAACAUGUAAUGGUAUCAAUGUAGAAUGAUAAUCUCAGUGAGAUGGUUUAGGAUUUACAGAGUUGUCUGCCCUAGUCAUACCAGGAUCUACUGAAGAUGGGUUUAAAUCCCAGUUUUUAUCUUGAAUAUGAGCCAUAAAAUAUGAAAUAAAUUACAGACUGCGUAACAUUGAAGAUUUAACAUUUGGCUGGUUGUCCAGUCUAAGCUGAGACUCUGCAGUACAGUCCACUCUGUGUCACUGAAAUGGGACACUUUUCACUAAACUACUGCUUAAAGCGAUUAUAGGUCACUCAGUUGAUUAUUGAUAUUUAAUUUAUGGCCACGGUUGAUCACUGGUUAUAACUAUUUGUUCUUAUUGUUCUUAUUGCAGGAAUAUCUAGACUACUUUUGUAAAUCAAGGCUUCUUUUGGCAGUUUAUUGUGUCCCUUAAAUGCAGUAAUUUCAGCAGUUAGUUUAUCACUGUGUACUGUGGGUAGAUGAAUCAGUGUAAUCAGUAUAAUAUAAUGUCUUGUUUCUAUGGUAACAAUAGUGUUGAUGUGUGGUUUAUAGUUUCUCAUCAGAUUAGUUAGUUUCAUUUCUUUCUUUUCAUAUUUAACAGAUUUAACACCUAAAAAUAUUAUCAAGGUUGAUUUGGAAUAAAUAGCCGGAACAGAAACUCAUGUAAUCAUGAAAUUUAAAAAAACCCAACAUUUUCAGUCAAAAAGGUGUUCUGUGUUAGUCACAUUAGGGAUCAGUUAUCUUUUAGACUCAUUUACAAAAAUAUAGAAAUGUUUGCAAGGAGUGUCAGGACAAAACAAACAAGCAAA